AUCUGAUGUUAGGCAUCGGUGGUACAGCAGCAUCCUUCACGCGAUUGGCUGUAGCAGUCAGGCCUCGUCACGUGACUGGGUGCUUACAUUGGAGCGUGGUCUGCUCCGAUCACCUGAUCUGAGCCGCCACAUUGCUGCCCCGCCUCCCCAGUGUUGUUUAGUCCCGCUUUGUCUGCGUUUGACCGUCACUCCCCCCUUCCUCCCAUAACACCCCGACGGUCACCAUGUCCUCGCUACUGAGCCCCUUCUCCGUCCGCGAGGGUCCCUGCGACAGGAGGCUCGGCCCGAGCUCCGCGUGCCAUCAGCGCGCGGCCGCGGCGGGGCUGGCCUCUCCCGCGGCGCACGAGCGCACGGCCGCGGAGGCGAGGAGGACGCUGGCCGCCGCCGCGGUGGGAGGACGGAAAAUCACGCAUCCGGGAAAAGCGAUCCUUGCAGGUGGAAUAGCAGGAGGAAUAGAAAUAUGCAUCACCUUCCCCACAGAGUAUGUGAAGACUCAGCUGCAGCUGGAUGAGAGAGCCAACCCGCCUCGAUACAGAGGGAUCGGUGAUUGUGUGAAGCUGACAGUGCAAGAUCACGGCCUCAGAGGGUUGUAUCGGGGUCUCAGCUCCCUCCUCUUUGGGUCAAUACCCAAAUCUGCUGUCAGGUUUGGCACAUUUGAGAUACUUAGCAACCCAAUGCGGGACGCCACAGGCCGGUUAGACAACACGCGGAGCCUCCUGUGCGGUUUAGGAGCGGGGAUCGCUGAGGCUAUUCUGAUCGUCUGUCCAAUGGAGACUCUAAAGGUUAAGCUAAUUCAUGACCAGUGCUCCCUCCGGCCUCGCUACCGAGGCUUUUUUCACGGCGUCAGCGAGAUCAUCCGAGAACAGGGUUUAAGGGGAACGUAUCAGGGUCUAACGCCAACUUUGCUAAAACAAGGAAGUAAUCAGGCAAUCAGGUUCUAUGUAAUGAACGCCCUUAGGAACUGGUACAAAGGUGAUGAUCCCAGAAGAGAAAUGCACCCAAUUGUCACAGCGAUGUUUGGAGCGACGGCAGGAGCGGCCAGCGUUUUUGGAAAUACGCCUCUAGAUGUGGUGAAGACCAGGAUGCAGGGUUUGGAGGCAUAUCGUUACAAAAACACAAUGGACUGUGCGUUCCAGAUCCUGAAGCACGAAGGACUGCAGGCGUUCUACAAAGGCACAGUUCCCAGGCUCGGUCGCGUCUGCUUGGAUGUCGCCAUAGUCUUUGUCAUUUACGAGGAGGUGGUCAAAUUACUCAACAACGUGUGGGAGACGCAGUAGAAGGGCCUAAACAAAGCAUGGACCAGUGCCUCAUGUUAUGCACAACUCAACACCUCUACUCCAGUUGUAAAAGCGAUCUUCAUUGCCAUAAGCUGAUGAGUCAUUGUGACGAACAACUGGGUUUAAAAAUCGAUUUGUUGAAUUCAUCCUUAAUUAAGAGUCAACAAUGCAUAGAAUUAACUUUCCAUUGAAUAAUUUUUCUUUGCGUUUUUAGGCAAAAAUAAAUUAGUAAUUUUUUUUAUUCCACAUUUUGUGAUUUUUAAUACUAGUUAUCUAAAAAAUGACUUUAAUUACUAGAUAAUUGGUUCUGAAUAGAAAUUUAGAAAUUACUUGCUAAUCAAAAACAAAUCCAUUGAGUAUCUUGGCAAUGACACUCAGCCCAACCGACGUCCACACUGUUAUGUUUGUUGAACCCAGUCAAAGCAGUAACCUAAAGUUAAGUUCUUUAAAGCCAAUGAAGUGCUAAUACUAAUUUUCUAAAGUUUUAAGACAUUUCUAAUGACAAACUUACACCAAAACUUCAACCAAAAGGGAAAGACUAGUUCAAAAGGUUUUUUUUCCAUUUUAUUUCCUUUAUUUUUUUUUUUUAUGUAGCACUUUUAUACCAUUCAUGUUGCUGGCUGAACCUAUACUGAAACCAUGAAUGUGUCUUGAUUCACUGAGUACUUAA